AUGGAGAAACUUACAUCGACAGCGCCCAGCCCAGAAUCCUUCGACUUUGUGAUCAUCGGUGCUGGCAUCACAGGAAUCAACGCAGCGUACAGAAUAGAACAGCAGUUCCCAAACGAAACAUAUGUCAUUCUGGACCGUCGAGGAGAAAUUGGUGGAACAUGGGCUUUCUUCAAGUAUCCGGGCAUUCGAUCAGACUCGGAUCUCUACACCAUGGGUUUUGCUUGGCGGCCGUGGUCCAAGAGCAGCCCGAUUGCAGAUGGUCCCGGCAUUGCCAAGUAUGUCGAUGAAUCUGCAAAGGAGCGAGGUAUCGACAAGCACAUACGAUAUAACCACGAUGUUCUCAGCAUGGACUGGAGUUCGAAACGACAGCUCUGGAGUCUCGAUGUCACCGUCAAUGGCGAGAAGAAAGUCCUCCAAGCCCACUUCAUCAUCGGCGGCACAGGCUUCUUCGACUACAACAAUCCCCGAGCAACGACGAUUCCUGGAUUAGAGAAGUUCAAAGGCGCCAUCGCACACCCUCAAUUCUGGCCCGAAGAUCUAGACUACACGAACAAGAAAGUCGUCAUCAUUGGCAGCGGUGCAACCGCAAUCACAAUCCUCCCCAUCGUCGCAAAAAAAGCCUCCCACACAACCAUGCUCCAACGCAGCCCAACCUACAUCAUGAGCAUGUCCAUGCACAGCACCUUGGACACCUGGAUCCGUCGCCUCUUCCCCGGCCAUCUCGGCUACAGAAUCAUCGCCUGGCGCUUCACCAUCCUCGCCUGGUUGUUCUUCUAUUUCAGUCAAUUCUUCCCCAACGCAGCGAGGAAAGCUUUGGAGAAAGCUACGACGAAGGAGUUACCUGAUGGAAUGAAAUAUGAUCCGGAUUUUAAGCCGAAGUAUAAGGUUUGGGAUCAGAGACUUUGUGUUUGUCCCGAUGGGGAUUUUUUUCGAGCGAUGGAUGAUGGGAAGGCGAGAGUCGUGACUGGGAAAAUUGAGGCUGUGGAAGAAGAUGGCAUCCUUUUGACCUCGGGAGAAAAACUCCAAGCAGACGUCAUUGUCACAGCUACAGGCCUCAAACUUCAAAUGCUCGGAGGCGCAGAAGUGAGGAUUGAUAAAGAUCGCAAGAUUGAGAUUGGAGAACAAUACAUGUGGCGCGGCACAAUGCUCCAGUCCGUCCCCAAUUUGAUGCUCGUAAUCGGCUACUGGAAUAAUUCCUGGACAUUAGGCAGCGAUCUCGCUGUGAGAAUCUUCUUGAAAAAUGUAAAAGAGAUGGAACGGCAGAGAGCGACCUCAUUCGUUCCGACGUUGACGAAAGAGGAAGAAAGUAAAUUGGAGACGAAGCCGCUGUGGAAUAUGUCGAGUACGUAUUUACAGAAUAAGACGUAUCCGAAAGCGAGCUCGACAGCGCCGUGGACGGUGAAGGACAAUUAUAUGAGGGAUUGGUUCGUGAUGAUGUUUGGGGAUUUGAGGAGGGGGUUGAGGUUUGAGAGAGGUACUUGA